CAAGGCUGAGGUAAGCUACAGAAGGCACCUUCUCGUCGGAACACUUGAUCAGGAGAAAAUGGCAUCAAAGUUUGAAGAAGAUCUCACCUGUCCUGUGUGCUGUGACAUCUACAAGGAUCCUGUCAUACUGACGUGUGCUCACAGUGUGUGUAAGGCCUGUCUGCAGCAGUUCUGGGAGAAGAAGGGAUCCAGAGAAUGCCCCUACUGCAGGAGGAAAUGCUCAAAAGAUAGUUUUCCACCCAACAUUGCAUUAAGGAACCUGUGUGAGACCUUCCUACAGGAGAGGAGUCAGAGAGCUUCAGCAGGGUCUGAGGUGCUCUGCAGUCUGCACAGUGAGAAACUCAAGGCCUUCUGUCUAGAUGAUAAAGAAACUGUGUGCUGGGUUUGUCGAGACUCAGUGAAACACAAAAAUCACAACAUUAGACCAAUAGACGAAGCAGCACCUGAACGCAAGGAUGAGCUCAAGACCAAACUGCAUCCCUUAAAGAAGAAACUGAAGACAUUUGAAGAAAUGAAACUCCUCUGUGAUCAAACAGCAGCUCACAUUAAGACUCAAGUUCAUAACACUGAGAAGCAGAUCAAGGAGGAGUUUGAGAAGCUUCACCAGUUCCUACGAGAUGAAGAAGCAGACAGGAUAUCUGCACUGAGGGAGGAAGAGGAGCAGAAGAGUCAGAUGAUGAAGGAUAAGAUUGAAAAGCUAAGCAGAGAGAUCUCAUCUCUUUCAGAAUCAAUCAGAGCCAUAGAGGAGCAGAUGGAAGCUGAUGAUGUCACGUUCCUGCAGAACUACAAGAGCACAGUGAAAAGAGCCCAGUGCACACUGCAGAAUCCAGAGAAGCUUUCAGGAGCUCUGAUCAAUGUGGCAAAGCACUUGGGCAACUUGAAGUUCAGAGUCUGGGAGAAAAUGCAGGAGAUUGUUCAAUUCACUCCUGUUACUCUGGACCCCAACACUGCAGACCCACAACUGAUCCUGUCUGAGGACCUGACCAGUGUGAGGAAUGGUGAUAAGAAACAGCAACUUCCUGGUAACCCAGAGAGAUGUAAUCAGUAUUACAGUCUCCUGGGCUCUGAGGGCUUUAACUCAGGGACACACUGCUGGGAUGUGGAGGUUGGGGACAACACAGGGUGGCAUGUGGGUGUGAUGGCAGAGUCUCUCCAGAGGAAGGGAGACUUCAGAUCCUUCUGUGGGCGGUGGUAUGUGUAUUAUUAUGAUGGUAAAUAUGGAGCACGUGCCUCAUCACAGCCCCGCACUGUCCUCACAGUGAAACAGAAACUCCAGAGGAUCAGAGUCCAGCUGGACUGGGACAGAGGAAAGAUGUCAUUCUCUGACCCCAAUAAUAACAGUCAUUUACACACCUUCACCCACACUUUCACUGAGAGAGUGUUUCCCUAUUUAAAUAUUGGUUGUAAUGCCUGUCCUCUGAGGAUGCUACCAGUGAAGACCUCUAUAAAAGUAGAGCAGCACAAAUAG